GGUUUUAUCCACCGGGACCAGAAUCGGCCUUUUGUCGGUAGAUCGCUCACUUCCAGGGUGUUACGGAGGCUGCGUCAUAGCGCGAAACUAGCACCAGCCAACAGGGGAGGGAAAGCGGAAGUGGCGCGUCCCCCAGGUCCUCAGGAGCCCCACCUCCCUGACCUCACAAAGGGCCCAUUUCCAAAUAACAUCACAUUGAGGAUUAGUGUUGCAACAUACGAAUUUGUGGCGCACAAUAGUAAGUCUCUUAACACAGACACUGGCUUCCUAGAAUGAGGCAGCUUCUGUAAAUGAAAAAAGGUAGAUCUCAAGUCCAGAAAUUACUCCCUGCAGAGGCUACCCUUGAGGAGACACCAGUAGCAGGAUUUCAGGGAAGAUACUGAAAGUGGUGGCCACUUCCUGCAAGCUGUUGAAAUGACUAAGUCCCAGGGCAUAUUGUCGUUCAGUGAUGUGGCUGUAUAUUUCACCUGGGAAGAGUGGCAGCUACUAGACACUGCUCAGAAGAAUCUCUACCGGGAUGUGAUGUUAGAAAAUCAUAGCAACCUAAUGUCAUUGGGUUAUCAAGCUACGAAGCCAGAAGCAAUGGUCUACUUGGAAAAAGGAGAAGAACGAGGAAUAGUAGAGAGAGAAUUUCCAAGUCAUUUUAAUCCAGAAGUAAUGUGGCAAGUUGAUGAUUGGUAUCAGGAAGACACUGAGAAGGAUGAACCUGCGGAGAAAGAUCAUGACAAUUAUGCAUUGGGCAAAAUACUUUCUCUUAGCCAAAACUUCGUUCCAUUUAAAGAAAAACCCUAUAAAUGUAUCUCAAGAGAAAUAACUUUGGAACAAAAUUCAGAUUCAAAUUUUCAGAGUAAAAACUAUGCAGACAUGAACUCUGAUAAAUUAAAUGGUUCUGGGAAAUCAUUUUUCCAUACUCUACGUGAAACCUCUCACAUUCAUCCCCAGCACUAUGAACCAAAUUUACAUGUGAAGGUUUUCAGUCUGGUGACAAAUCCUAAAAGACAUCGCAGAAUUCACACAGAGGGGAAACAUUAUGAAUGCAGCGAAUGUCCAAAGUCUUUCAGGUAUAAGUCAAAGCUCAUAAUACACCAGAGAACUCACACGGGAGAGAAACCCUACGAAUGCAAGGAAUGUGGAAAAGCUUACAGCGAGAAGACUAAGCUCAGGUUACAUUGCAGAACACACACAGGAGAGAAACCUUUUGAGUGUAGUGAUUGUGGGAAAGGUUUUAUGCAGAAGUCAAACCUGAUUAUCCAUCAACGAACUCAUACAGGAGAUAAGCCCUAUGAGUGUAAAGAAUGUGGAAAGGCAUUCUGUAAUAAGUCUCAGCUUGUUGUUCACCAGAGAAUUCAUACAGAAAAAUCCUACGAAUGCAGGAAAUGUGGAAAAGCCUUCACUAAAAACUCACACCUCCUGACACAUCAGAGAACGCACACAGGAGAGAAACGUUACGUAUGCUGUGAAUGUGGAAAAGCUUUUGUAUAUGCAUCACAGCUCAUUAUACAUGAGAGAAAUCAUACCGGAAGAAAACCUUAUGAAUGUAAGGAAUGUGGGAAAUCUUUUAACAAAAAGUCACACCUCAUAAGACAUCAGAGAAUCCAUACAGGAGAGAAGCCAUAUGAAUGCAGUGAAUGUGGAAAAGCUUUUAUAGACAACUCACAUCUUAUUGUUCAUCGAAGAACUCAUACAGGUGAGAAGCCUUAUGAAUGCAGGGAAUGUGGGAAAGCCUUUAAUAAAAAGUCAUCCCUCAUAACACAUCACAGAAUUCAUACAGGAGAUAAGCCUUAUGAAUGCACUGAAUGUAAAAAAGCCUUUAUAGACAGGUCACAUCUCAUUGUCCAUCAGAGAACUCAUACGGGAGAGAAACCCUAUGAAUGCAGUGAAUGCGGGAAAGCUUUUAUAGACAACUCACAGCUUAUUGUUCAUCAAAGAAUUCAUACAGGAGAGAAGCCUUUUGUGUGCAGGGAAUGUAGAAAAGCCUUUAGUUAUAAGUCAUCCUUCAUAGCACAUCAGAGAAUUCAUACAGGAGAAAGGCCUUAUGAAUGCACUGAAUGUAGAAAAGCUUUUAUAUACAAGUCACAUCUCAUUGUCCAUCAGAGAACUCAUACAGGAGAGAAACCCUAUGAAUGCAGUGAAUGUGGAAAAGCUUUUGUACGAAAGUCAGUGCUCAUUGUACAUCAGAGAACGCAUACAAGGGAGAAACCCUUUGUCUGCCUUGAGUGUCGAAAAGCCUUUAGCAGUAUGGCAAUGCUCAGUACACAUCAGCUGAUUCAUACAGGAGAGAGGCCCCAUGGAUGCAGUGAAUGUGGAAAAGCUUUCCGCCAAAAAAGCCAUCUUAUUAUCCAUCAACGAUGCCAUAGUGGUGAGAAAUACUAUGGAUGCAUUCCAUCUAGGGAGACCUUCAGCUAGAAGCUACAGCUCAUUAGGCAUCAGAGAUGUCACACAGGAGAAAAACCAUAUCAGUAUACUCAGUGUGAGAAAGCCCUUUUUUGUGAAAUCAUACAGCAGUGUCCAUCAGAGAGGUCAUGCAGGACAAAAACCUUAUCAAUGUAAUGAGUGUGGGAAUACUUUGUCAAGUUCUUACUCACUUCACAUGAAAUUCAUACAGAAAAAAAAUCUAUGAAACACAUUAAGGGCUGGAAGAUGUUAGAUGUCAAAUCUCACUGAAUAUAAAAAAAUCGCAGAGACACACUACGAAUAUGGUGAAGGAAUAUUUUUCUAUUACUUUUGACCUCUGCAAGUUUCAGAAAACUUAAUCAGGAGAGAAAUCUUUUAAAUGCAGUGAAUAUAGGAAAAUUAUUUGCCACCAACUUAGCCUCACAUUUCAUUAGAGAAAGGCAAUAUGUAUGCAUGAGUUGAAAAGUCAAAAUCUUUUCUUUCUUUUUUUUUUUUUUUGGCUAAUCCUCAUCUGAGGAAAUUUUUCCAUUGAUUUUUAGGGAGAGUGGAAGAGAGAGGGAAAGAGAGAAACAUUGAUGUGAAAGAAACAUCGAUUGGUUGCCCCCUGCAUGAGCCCUGACUAGGGCCCAGGCUGGGGAGGAGGCUGCAACCAAGGUACGUGCCCUUAACUGGAAUUGACCAUGGGACCCUUUGGUCUGCAGGCUGAUGCUCUAUCCACUGAGCCAAACUAGCUAGCACUAAAAUAAUUUCUUAAGAAAAAUCCCAUUAUACACCACACAGAAAUGAAAAUUUUUUGAGUGCACAAAAGGUUUUGAUAGGUCAUCAUACAAUUUUCAGUUUUUACAGGAAAAAAUCAAUGUUGUGAAUCCUGGAAUAUCUUCCAAACAAAUGAAUUUUCAUACCAAAGAAUGCAGAUGACUGAAGACUGUAAUAAGAGAUGCCUCUGGCAUUUAAUCCAUACUUACUGUGCAUCAGAUAAUAUUUAUUAAGGAGAGUUAAUAUAGUAUAAUAAUGGUUGGAAAGAUUGUUUAUGUAAACAACUUUAUAAUAGAAGUUCUGAUCCUGUAUAGAAAAUGUACUACAAAGUAGUCAGUUAUAAAGAUCAGAUAACUCCAGCAUGCAAAAUAGCACUUUAUGUUCGGGUAUAUUGGAUAGUCAAAGCAGUAAAUUAAGAAAGCUCAUCAAUGUAUGUAUUUGCUUUAUUUCUGAGUAUUUUUGUACAACAUGUAUAUACUCAUUUCCAAAUUUCACAAGUUGUGUACCACAAAAUUCUUGUUAAAGUUUGUAUGUGUAGUAUCCACCAAAAAAAUGCCAACGUUGUAAAUUUUUGUACAUCAUAUAAAUUGCAAAGGAAGUAAUUAGGCUUAAGAUUGAGGAAGACUGUAAACAUAAUGCCAUACACAUAUUUACUGUUUACUGGUAUAUGUAAAUGGAACUGGUAUUUCUUUUCAGCCCUUCGGAAUAAUAAAUUUUUUGAAAUUGUUA